UUUCUAUUCAUAAACCCUUUACGACAAAACAAUAAAGACAUCUCUCGAAUUGUCUUUUAAUCUUGUCUAAAUUAGGAAAAAAUUUGACUUUUCUUUAUGGAUGAAGACUUCUUCUUAACCGAUUUCUCACUAGAAGACAUUGAUUUCGACUUUAAUAUUUACGAUCGCGAGGAAAAAAAUCUAUCACAUGAUGAAUCGAAUUCACAAAGAUCAGCUGAUCAAUCAUCAAAAUUUGAUCAUCAAAUGCAUCUUGAGUUCCUCAGAGAGCAACCAAAGCCAGUGGUGAAGAUCAACAACAAGCAACAACUGAUUUCUUUUGACUUCUCUAGUAAUGUUUCUUAUUCUCCAACCGCGGAGGAGAUCAUUAUGGAUAAUUUGGUUGGACGUGGAACCAAAAGAAAAACAUGUUUUCAUGGCACAAGAUCUCCGGUUCUUGCGAAAGAACAUGUUUUAGCCGAGAGAAAGCGACGUGAGAAGCUUUCUCAAAAAUUCAUUGCUCUUUCAGCUCUUCUUCCCGGGCUUAAGAAGGCGGACAAGGUAACAAUUCUUGAUGACGCGAUCUCACGUAUGAAACAACUCCAAGAACAACUAAGAAAGCUCAAAGAAGAAAAAGAAGCAACAAGAGAAAUUCAAUCCCGUAUUCUUCUGAAGAAAUCUAAAGUACUUUUCGACGAUGAACCUAACCUAUCAUCUUCUAUUCUAGAUCAUCAAGCGUUGCCAGAAAUCGAAGCGAAAAUAUCUCAAAACGACGUUCUCAUCCGAAUCCACUGCGAGAAAAGCAAAGGGUGCAUGAUUAACAUACUAAAGACAGUUGAAAAUCUUCAACUGCGCAUCGAAAAUAGCAUUGUUUUGCCAUUCGGAGACUCAACUCUCGACAUCACAGUCCUUGCACAGAUGGAUAAAGAUUUUUCGGUGAGUGUACUUAAGGAUCUCGUAAGGGACCUGAGACUCGCAAUGGUUUAGGUCUUCUUCCAAGUUUCAGUAACCUGAGAGAUUGUACAUUGACGCAAUCGUUUCGUGGAUUUGCUGUCGUUUUCUUCCUAAGGAUUUUUCACACGUGUUCUACCACGUGUUUGAUGAAUUUUCGAUAAGGACCGUUGAGAAUUAAUUUAGAUGUAAAUU